AACAUUUCUUGUUAAAUUUGAUAAGGAACAAACAUUCCUUUUCAUUCCUGCAAUUUAUUCCUAUACGUUUCUUUCCUAUUCGUUCUUCGUAUUCCCAAAAAAGUCACCAGUCGGAGCCUAAAACUACACACGUAUGUGCCAUAAGAUCUGAACAAUAUAUUCAAAAGGAAUAUAUCUACACAAAAUGUAACAAUAAAAAAAAAAUCACUAAUUUAGUGUGUAAGACUCUAGUUUUAGUUAAUUCAGACCCCACUAGCGUUUUAUUUACAUCCUACUAUAUAAAAGAGGCUAAAUUAAAGCUCUCUAAACACUGCCACAUAGGCAAAAAAAAUCCCCACCAAUCAUUCAGCCAUGUCAUUAUCAGACUGGGCCUCACCAAAUAAAUAGAAAACAGAAUUUUGUCACGGGCUGGCCCAACUCCUGAGUAUCACUAAAAACCUAUAAACUCACUCAGCCCACAGUUUUGUCACGGGCCGGCCAACCUCCUAAGUGUCAUUAAAGACCAAGAAACUCACUCAGCCCACACCCCGUAACCCUUUGCUAUGUUUCAAGAAUACACUUAGCCUCCACCGUAACCCUAAUCGAUCUCUCUCGAUCUCUCCUUCAUGAUUCACUUUCUCUCCCCCCAAUUCCUCCCGCAUAACGCCUCCAAUGAUAGUGAUAGAACUUGAAUCGUCUGCAUUAAAUCCUCCAUUCAAUAAGACUAUUGACCCUCCACAUCUCUCCUCCGGCUCGAUGAGAUCUACCUCUUUGUGUUCUCUUCUUCUCAAACUAUAUAUAAACCAUUACCUAUCCCUCUUCCCUCAGAUCGUAAAAUCCAAACCUUCAUCAUGGCUAACAAAACCACAAUCCUCACCGGCGAAGCUUCUUCUCCUCUUCUCUUCCGACACGUUUCACCAGGACCAGGAGAUUCCGCCAUGCAGUUUAGGCUUGUUCAUUUCUGGGAAGCUCGCAAGAAUGUCAAAGGAGGACCUGGCAUCCUUCUUGGGAUCGAGAUGCUUAUGAUCGAUGCAGAGGUAUGUCUUCCUCUCUCAUUAUUAAUGUCGUUGAUAGCUUCUGAAUUAGACAAACAGAGAAUUAUAUUUGCAUAUCUUGGUUUAUUGGGUUGAGAUGUAAUUAUAUUACCGGAUCUUGAAAAAAAAUAAAACUUGAAUGAUUUGUUUGAGAGGAUUAGUAACGUAUCUUAAAAAAAUAAAACUUGAUUGAUUGGGCUGUGAUAGAGAUUGGAUUAAAUAAAACUUGAAUGAUUUGUUUGAGAGGAUUUGUAGCGUAUCUUGAAAAAAAUAAAACUUGAUUGAUUGGGCUGUGAUAGAGAUUGUGUGAUAGAGAUUGGAUUAAUGUAAAAAAUCUCUUCCACUGAUACGAGAAUUGAACCGUUUGUUGUAUUGCAUUAUAUGUAUCUAUUAUUUUAGCUGAGUGAAAAAUAAAAUAAAAUUUAUUGGUUUCAGAGUUCUGUGAUAGAGAUUAGGUUAAUUUAAAACAUGGCUUUGAGUAAUACGAGAACUGAAAAUAUUGUUUUUUGUUGCCUUAUAUAUAUAUAUCUAUUUGAACGGUAAUAGUUUUAUAUAUCCGCAAAUAACAUACUCUACUUUUAGAUAUUCGACUGACCCAAUAUUGUCUCUCUGUUAUGUAGGGUACUUUGGCUCAAGGGUUCAUCGGUCAGAACCGUCGCAACCAAUAUGAGAAAGAGCUUAAGCGUGGGAGCAUCUACACACUGACAAACUACUAUGCAUCCAAUAGCAAGGUGAUGUACCACGUUGCUGAUCAGAGGCUGGUAAUUUGUAUCUCACACGCCUCUGAGCUGACGAAGGUGGAAGAAGACAUUGAAGGCAUUUUGACAGAGCGCUUCAGAAUCCAUUCCUUUGCAGAUUUUGAAGCCAACUGCGAUCUGAGAGGGGAUCUUCAUGGUAAGGGUUUAGAUGUUUUUUUACCAAGUUUAAACCAGUACAGCUUCUCAGUUGAUUGUUUCUAACCGUUUGAGUAACAUUUCGUGUGGCUGUGUGUUGUAGAUGUUGUUGGCCACCUUAAGCUGGUUGAUGGGCAGCCUCUCCAUCAGCGUCCGGUUUUGUGCACCAAAGGAUGACUCAGCUUCUCGGAAAGUGAUGGUUCAUUUGCAGCUUAAAGAUGGUCCAGUGAUUAACGUCUACCUAUGGGACGAGGCUGCAGAGAGUUUCCGCGUGAAGUUUGACGCAUGUGCAGCCACUCCAACGGUUCUCAUGGUUACAACGGUCAAUCCUAAGAGACUCGGUGGGAAAUUGUGCCUAAGCUCAAUGUCGUCAUCAAGAGUGUUUUUGGACGAAGAGGUUGACCCCACCAAGGAAUACUUGACCUGGUUAGUAUUUUACGUAACCCUAUCACUAAUCAUUCACAGUCAGUUACACUCAGUUAUGGUUCAUAUAUUUUUUAUUUGACCAUUUUUAAAAACCUUGAUGAUCGCCUGUUGUAAUAUUUUUUUGCAAGGUUGACCAUGAACCCUGGUGCAACUUCUUCGGUCAACCCUGUUGAGGUGGUUAAAGCUGAGACGCUCACAAUAAGUGAGAUUGCUGCCUUCAUCAAGCAUGAGCCUGCUAAGGUUGCCUACUUUGACUGCAUUGCCACAAUUGAUGAUGUCAAGCUUGGCACUGAGUGGUAUUACAUUGCCUGCAAGGAUUGUCAGACAAAGUUAAACCGUGGGCCUACAACACUGCUUUGUCCAAAAUGCGGGAAUGAAAAUGCUACUGCAGUAGCCAACUACCGGGUGGAGAUGUCUGUCUAUGAUAAUGAGGAGCAGUGCACUUUCAUCAUCUUCGGAGAUGCUGGGAAUGAGCUCACUGGUAGAAAAGCAACAGAGUUGAUCGACACUUAUGUUGAGGAAAAUGUUGGAGAUGGGGCUGAGCUUGAGGUUCCACUACCACAGUGUUUUAUCGACACAAUCGGACAGACUAAGAAAUUCAGGAUCAAGGUGGCCCCCUACAAUUUCACCUCUUCCCGACAAUCCUUCACAGCUACCAAAAUUGUGUCAUCGGCAGUUUUGCCACCAAAGAAGCCUCCACUCAAAGCGCCACCAAUAACUGAAGUGGAAAACUCAGAGUUAGCGGAGAGCAGUGGUGGUGGUACUUCAGCCACUGACGACCAGAAGAAAGCAAAGCGUACCAAGCGUAGUGGCUAGAUCACAUGCAUUCUGGUCACUCCAUCAGUUGCUGGUACAGACUGUCCAGUCAGCAUGGUUCCUAAUAACAGUCUACUUAUCUCUUUAAUCAGUUUGUUUUUGCUUCUUGCUAAGACAGUUUAGUAUUGGUAAAACGUUAUGGUUUGGUGUUCUUAUUAAAGUUGGUUGGUUUUCAUUCCUAGCUUUGUUAUGAAGUUUAAGAAUGGUCAGCAUUAUAAUACUAAAGUUGUUUGUUUUUCAUUCGUAUCCUAUUAAAAUUGUUUGAUCCGUAUGGAUUUACAUAAUGGAUACAUAAUUAAGAACCGUAUGCAUGCAUGGAAUGGUUUAUGUCCAUGCUGUUAAUUAUUAAACGUGGUAUAAACUGAGGAAAUUUACGUGGCCACAACUUCUUUCCUUUUACAACUCUCAUUCCAAGAGCAUAUUAAGGCAACUGUAAUAUUUCAUGCCCCAAAUAUCUACUGCAUUUAUUGAUAAUUAAAUAAAAUAUAUCUUACCAUUAAGGCAAAAGAUCUACUGCAUUCGUCGCUAAAGCACCUCUCUAUGUUUUGCUCCGCCGCACAUUAAGCAUCGCAUCCAAUUAUUCUACACACGACAUUAAACAUAUUCAGUCAAAUUAGGAUCAACUAUUCUAAUCUCAAGACCACAAAUCCAUCGUUUCACAUUUUGAAGAAAUUCACCGGCCACUCAUCGCCUUUCAUUCCUAUCUAUUCAUGGAUUUUUCUUUUCCAAAAACUAUUCCGUGUAAGUUAGCAAGUGCAACCAACUUCCUCCCAGGUAAAAAAAAACCAUAUUCCUAUCUCACGUACAAAUAAAUUAUCUAUUUUUGUCGCUAAAAACAAAUUAUUCCCACAUAUGUUGUUGGCCGCAUAUGCCUCAUCCAAGGAAGUGAUAUAUAUAACCACAACACAAAUACAAAAAUAAUCAUUAGAUUGCGUUUAGACAGGUACUAACUUUUUAUUAAAUAAAAAUUGGUUUACACCUAAACAAAAAAUAAUACAAUAAAUUUUUGUAGAUCCAAAUUGGUACGUUUAACUUUAUGGGACAAGGAGACGGCUAAUUUCAGGGAGUUAAAUCGCAUAUCUACCAGGAAAAACCAAAUCGUAAUCAUCACAAGUAUCAUUCCACGCUUACAUGAAGGUAAUAAACUAAACAUAAAGUUUAUGUCAAACUAAAUGCUUACAAAUAUUUCACUUUUUCAGGCAAACUAUCACUCACAACCACACCUGGAUCGCGCUUCUACUCUGACAACGAUAUUGAUAUCAUACAACGCUUCCAGAAGAGAAAUAAACUGCUAUCCUAAGCCAGAUAGCAAACGACACCAGUCAACUUUUAAAAAAAUUUACGUUCCCGCUUCCUACGUCAAUUAAAUAAGCACACUCAAAUACUAUUUUUUUCUUACGAAAAUUGAUUCCUCAACACAAUUUAUUAUUCAAACUUACUUUAGUUUUAAAAAGAGAAACUGUUCACCGCUUCCAACGUCUUCACAUUCUAAAAGAAACAAAACUUAACUUAUAUUUUCAGAAACUAAAAACUCCCAAUUUUAAUUAAAAUGUGCUUUAAUUAAACAUGUAAUCAGCGCGAAGCGCGGACACCUGCUCUAGUAAUUGUAAUAAUUGUUAGGGCUUUAAGAAAUUACUCAAAUAGACGCUAAUUAUAAUCUUGACUAGUAUGGCAUAUGCUUUAGCAAAGUAGUUUAAUUAUUUAUUAGCUAAAGUGUUAAUUUGAAUACAUUAGUGACAUUUUUAAAACGUGAAAACGGAUAUACAAUAUAUCAUAUCGGACUUUAUGUUAUCGUCUUUGCAAAGAAUAAAUUUACUUUUUAGUUUUUCUACAGUAUAAUCUUUUUGUUCACAUUGGUUUAUAAAUUUAUUUUUGAUAUUUAACCUCGAAAAUAAAGUAUUAUAAGAAUAAUAACAUGUAAUGAAUAUCAAUAAAUAAAGAUGUUUUCCUUGAAAUAUAUAUUUUCUACAUCUGGAAAAUAGUGUGUGAAAAUAUGGGGGGGGGGGGGGGGGGUCACUCGGAAAUUAAAUCUUAGUUUCAUUAUAAUUAUAUACUAGAUGUUUUGUCCACACACGCAUGCAUAAUCUUAUUAUUAGUUUUUGUCUUACUAAUUUAAAACCAACAUAAUAAAUUUUUAUUUAUGUUUUCAAAUAAUUAAAUCAAACAUCAAAAUAUUGAUAUAUGCUAUAUAAAUAUUUUUUCAUAGAUCAAACAUCAAACUAUAUGUUAAAAAAUACUCAUAUCUUAGAAAUAGUUUAAAAAAUAUUUUUAUAUAAAUGUUUUUUCUUAACUAAUACUGUAUUUAAUUAUAAAUUAUUUGGUAUCUUAAUUUUUUAACUCUUAUAAUAAAAAUAUUAUUUUCAGAUACCAACACAAUAUAUAUAUAUAUAUAACUUAUCUUGUUUUUAAUAUG